AUGUCGCGAGCCAACCUCAGCAUACCGCCCAGUCGCUCAUCGUCCAGUAACAUAGCCGUCGAUUCCGCAAAUAACACCAUUGCACGAGCGGCCGUUGCUUUUGAAUACGCUGCUCUCCGAAAUGAGGCCCAUGCGCCACUUGGGAUGUACGUGACGCCGUCGGAAGAGAAUCUAAUGGUAUGGAAUGCGGUGUUCUUCGUCCAUCAGGGGUACUAUGAGGGUUCUAUAUUCAAGUUUACGCUCACCUUUCCGACAAACUACCCCCAGAGUCCCCCUGCGAUCAAGUUCGUGAACCCGCCGUAUCAUCCCUUGAUAGAUGAGGCAGGUAACUACAAUCUCGGACCAUUGUUUCGACCUUGGAGACCGAAAGAACAUCACAUAUUUCACGUUCUGCAUUGGAUUAAAGCCGCGUUCAAGAAGCAUGCGCUCGACAAAAUAAACGAGGAUGAUGCCAUCUCGAAGGGUGCUUUGAGGUAUCGCGAAGACCCGAAAGGCUUUGCUAACCAAGCUAUCCAAUCCGCAAAACUGACAAGAGCGCGGGCGAUGGACAAACCAUCACCAGUACCAUUUGCUGAACUCAAACCCGAGAAACUCGAAGAAUACCGGACGAAAUUUGGCCUCCGGGAUUGGACCCAUUUUUUGACAGACGACGAUGUCGCUGUGAAAUCUCCCACAUCUCAGACCAUUGGUUUGGGCAUCAUUACGUAG